AUGUCAGAAAUACGGCAACAACAACUAAUAAUAAAAUCAGUAAAUCAAUUAAAAAAUUCAAAUUUACCAGAAUAUGAAAAAUCACCAACUAAUAAAUUAUAUAAUAUUAAAUAUAAAGAACCAUUGACUAAUGUAUUAAUGAUUAAAAAACCAUGGGAUUCAACUGUUAGAGAAGCAAUGAUUGAAAUGAUUAAUCAUCUACAUUUAAAUUAUCCUAAAGUCAAUGUUUUAGUUACUGAAGAUGUUGCUGAUGAAUUACAAAAUGAAAAAACAACAUUAGAUAAAAUUUUAAAUUCUAAUAUUGAUCAUAUUAUAUAUACUGGAAAAUAUAAAGAAAUUAUAAAUAAAGUUGAUUUAAUGAUAACUUUAGGUGGUGAUGGUACUAUUUUAAGAGGUGUUUCAUUAUUUUCUAAUAGUAAAGUACCACCUGUAUUAUCAUUUGCAAUGGGUACUUUAGGUUUUUUAUUACCUUUUGAUUUUAAAAAUAAUAUGGAAUGUUUUAAAACAGUUUAUGAAAAUAAAGCAUUAGCAUUACAUAGAAAUAGAAUAGAAUGUCAUGUUAUAAGAAAUGAAGAUGAUGAUUCUAUUUAUGAUGAUCAACAUUCAGAAAAAAAAAGUAAUGAAAGAAGAGAAAUGAUUCAUGCAAUGAAUGAUGUUACUAUUCAUAGAGGCAGUUCCCCCAAUUUAACUUCUUUAGAUAUAUAUAUUGAUGGUGAAUUUUUUACAACAACUUAUGCUGAUGGUGUUAUAUUUUCAACCCCAACUGGAUCAACAGCUUAUUCUUUAUCAGCAGGUGGUUCAAUAACUCAUCCAUCAGUUCCAUGUAUUUUAUUAACUCCAAUAUGUCCAAGAUCAUUAAGUUUUAGACCAUUAAUAUUACCAUGUACAUCAGAUAUAAUGAUAAAAUUAUCUAAAAAUAAUAGAAAUAAUUAUAUAGAAUUAACAAUUGAUGGUAUAAGUCAAGAUGAUUUACAUCCAGGUGAUGAAUUACAUAUAACUUCAGAAACAAUAAUAUUAGAAAAUCAUAAAAUUAGAAAACAAAAAUCAUUUAAGGAUAAAAUUAAAAAUAAUUUGAAUAUAUAUAAUAAUAUUAAUAAUAAUAAUAAUAAUGAUCAAAAUGGUAUAUGGUGUGUUGCAAAUAAUGAAAAUCAAUGGGCAAAAGAUUUAAAUAGUUUAUUAGGUUUUAAUAGUUCAUUUAGAGAUCAAAAGGGUAAAAAACUGCAUUUAUAG